AUGAGUGGAAUAAUUAAAAAAUAUGUGACUAAAUCAAUGAAAGAAAUAAUUACUAAUAAAAGUAAAAGAGACAUAAAAAAAGAUGGUAAUCAAUCCAAUCUUGAGGUGAAAACUGGGAAUAAUAAAAAUAAGGGCGAAAAUGUUAUUAAAAAGGAUAAUAAAAAUGAGUCAAAAGAUAAAAUCCCAAAAGAUAAAAUAUCAAAUGAUGAAAAUAAUUUAAUAUAUAAAAAAUUACGAAAAAAGUUAAACAAUUUAAACUAUAAUAAACCAUUAUGUGUAGGAUGCUCUCCUUUAGUUCAGGCAGUUUUUGAUGACCUGAUACAAGCAAUACAAAAUUUUCAAAAAAUUUCUGAUAAAUAUGAAGAUACUAGGAAGAAAUAUAAAGACCUUUUAUCUGAGCAAAAAAAAAAUGGCCUUCCCUCAAAGGAUCCAAAAGUGGAAAAAGAGGACAUGGCCGGGAAUAAGAGCCAAGCAGAUAAAUCAAAUAGUGAAUUGGUGAUAAAGGGAUACGAAAAAAAAGUGGAAAAACUUAAGAAACAACUAGAAGAAGAAUUAAAAACGAAAGAAUCAUAUAUAGCAGAAAAUAAAAAAUUAAAACUCUCUUUAGAAAUAUUAGAAAAGAAUACAAAAGAAUACUUAGGUAAUUCAUCUGAUUAUACAUCUGACAAUAAUUUAUCUUCAUUUAAUAACAAAACAAAAUCGUUUGACGAUUUUGAAUUAGAAAAGGAGAAAAAGAAAAAAAAACAUAUGUAUAUGAAUAAUUGCAUGAACGAAAGUAAUAGUAAUUUAAUAAAUAACCAUGUCAUAUCAUGGGGAAAAGAAUUGUCUUAUUAUAAAAAAUUAUGUAAAGAAUUAAAAAUCGAAUUAGAAAAAGGCAAAAUAGAGCCGGACACACUACGUAAUGAUAAUAUCGGAAAUAAAGAUAACGAAAAAGAUAUUGAAAUAAAAAAUUUAAAAAAAAAAUUGAAUGAAUAUGAAAUUGAAAUAAAAAAAAUGAAUGAAUUGCGAACAGUAAAUAAUGAAAACAAAACAGGACAUAAUACGAGGAGUGGAUUGGUGACUAAUAUCAGCAAUGAUAGUAGAGUCGUAAAUUCCAAAAUUUCAGAUGAUAAUACUAAUGAUAAUAGUGAAAAUAGCGAAUACAAAAGUGAAUAUGAUGGAGAAACUAAAAAUUCAGAGAGUACUAAGGAAAUAAAAGAUUUAGAAAAAGUUAUAAAACAGCGAGAUAACGAAAUAUUUCAUUUACAAAACCGAGUUGUUUUACUGGAAACAGAAUUGCAAGUAAAAAAUGAACAGAGCAAUAAAUAUAAAGAAAAACUUAAAAGUAUAAGCGAAACCGAAUAUAAUGAAUUAAGUAAUGGACUUAAUAGUAGUGUUAGUACUACUGAUAGAAAUCAAAAUGAAACAUCUUCAAAUAAAUAUAUGAGCAAAUCAGGUGAAUUUUCGUCAUAUAGUUGUAAUGAAUUAACACAUUCAACUAAUUCAGAAAAUUUGAUGGAGGAAAUAAAAUCGAAAGAUCCCAAAAUUGAUGAAAUGAAAAAAUUAUUAGAAAAGGUAAAAAAGGAAUUAAAUGAAGAGAAGAAAAAAAGUAAUAAAUAUGAAAGAGAAUAUAAUAAAGAAAAAGGGGAAGUUAGUAUAUUAAAAGAAGAAUUAAAAAUAUUAGAAAAAGAAAUUGAAAAAAAACGAAAUGAAUUUAAUAUAGACAAAAAUAUAAUAAAAAAUUUAAAAUUAGAAUCAGACGAAUUUAAUAAUAUAAUUUCUUGUUCUAAUGAAACAAAAAAACAAUUAACUGAUUAUAUUCAUAAUAUAUUAAAUACACUAAGUGAGUAUAAUGAUAAAAUAGAUGAAUUAAAAAACAGUAAUAUGUUGCAGGAUGAAAAAAUUCAAGUAUAUAAGAAAGAAAUAAAAAAAUUAAAAGAUGAUUUAAUAGAUUCUAGUAAUCAAAUAGAUGAGUUUGCAUCUCUUUUAGAUAAAAAGGAUGAAGUUAUAGAAAGCUUUAAAAAGAAAUUGGAAGUAUUAAAUAAAGAAUAUGCAGAAUCAACUUUAAAAUUUAAUGAAAUAUUAAAAGAAAAUAAAAAUUUACAACUUAUGAAUACGUCACACAAUGCUAAUAGUAGUUUGGUUAUUCAGCAAUUACAACAAGAGAUUCAAAUUUUAAAUGUUACAAAUAGUCAUUUAUUAAAAAUUGAAGAAGAUUAUAAAAUAGUAUUACAAGAAAAAACAAUUGUUGAAGAUGCCGCAAUAAAAAUUCAAACUGAAUUAAAAAAAUCAGUAGAUAAAAUAAAAAAUUUAGAAACAUAUAUACAAACAUUGUCUAUUGAAAUAGCAAAUUUAAAAACACAACGAGAUGACUCAUUAGAUGCGUUAACAAAAGUAGCCAUAGACAAAACGCAAUAUGAAAAUGAAUUAAUACAAUGUAAAAGUAUUAUUGAUGAUUUAAAAAGAAAAUUAAAUGAAUAUGAAAAAAAUGUUUUAUUUGCGCAAAAUAAUAUUAGUGAAAUAAGUAAAAUUAAUAUUAAAAAAGAGCAAGAAGAAAUUAUUUUAAAAAAUGAAAUAAAAUCGUUAAGAGAAAAUUUGAAUGAAAAAACUAUAAAGUUAGAACUUUUACAAGAAAAAGAAAAUACAAUUGAGCAAAAUAAUAUUACCUAUAAUAAAUUCCAUUUGGAAGCGCAUACAAAAUAUAAUUAUUAUGAGCAGAUUAUACACAAUUUAAAGAAAGAAAUAGAUGAACUAACGAUUAAUAAUAAUGAUAAUAUUGUUAUAAUAGAGAGAUUGAAAUCGGAAUUGAACAAUCAGGAAAAAUUGGCUAACUCGCAGCGUCGUUAUAAUUGUAGCAAUGAUCUUGUUAGAAAUCAAAAAAAAAAUAUAAAAUCAAUUUCUGGUAAUAGUAUUAAUAUUGAUAGAGAUGAUAAAAUUAUGGCUAUUGAAAAUUUUAAAAAUAUUAUUAGUAAUAACAAAGGCGAAUAUGAUAAUCAUAGUAAUGCGUCUAAACAAGGAAAUUUAGCAUUUGAAGAAAAUAAGGAAAUAAUAAAUGGUAGUAAUAAUUUGGGAAUAGAAAUUACUUCAUUUGGGGAAAUUCCAUUUGGCGAUGCACAAUUUGUUGAAUUAAAUUCACCAAAUCCAUAUCCUAAGGGGAAUGAAGAAGAAGAUAUAUAUGACUACAAUGAUGGAUUUUCAAUUUUUCUGAAUUCAAAUAAAAAAAAAGAAGAAAAGGUAAAAAACGAUGAAGUAAUUGAAAGAAAUAUACUUGUUAGUGGGUACACAGAAGGUAAUUUCAUGAAUUUAACAAAUGAACAAGUCGAAAAAGAGGGAAAUGAUAAAAUUGGAAUAAAACGUAAUGAUAUAAAUAAGACCGAAAAUAAGAGAAGCAAUUUUGAUGAUACCACAAAAUCACACGAAAAGAAAAUGUUAUAUACAGAUGAUGAAGAUUUUAUAUAUAAUGAGUUUGAAAGAGAUGAAUUUUUAAUGAAAAAUGAGUAUUCAAAAGAUUUUACAAAUUUUUCAAAUUGUGAAAUUUUAAAUCCCGAUACGAUAUCAUAUAUGAAAAGAGAUAAUAAUAAAAUGAUAACAAAAAAAAAUGAUAUAAAGGAUAAAUCCAAUAAUAACAUUGAUAGUAUUACUACAGAAAAUGCCAAUGGCCAAUCUGCAUCAUUAUUAAAAGAUAUGACAAUAUCGUCUCUAAAUAAUGUCAGUAAUAAAAUUGUAAGUGAAGAAAACGAAGAGAAGGAACACGAUCAGGAUUUCAUUGCCAGCGAAUACUCAUUUUCGUAUUUGGAGAAUAACGACAUUUCUUUAUUUAGCAGUUCUAAAAUAAAGAAAAUGUUUAAUCUUAGUUCUACAAAUAAUAUGAGAAAACACAAUGAUAAAAAUGUGAUUGAUAAGACAUUUCCUGGAGAAAGAAGUGCAAAUACAUUGAAAAAGACCAAUAAUUUAAACAAUUCAAAUAUAAAAAAUAUAUAUCAAAGUAGUGGAAGAAAAAAUACAAAAUAUAACACAGAAAUAAAAGAUUCUUAUGGAGAUAUGAUAUUUGAUGUAAAUUAUAAUGCAUAUUUUGAUGAAGAUAAUGAUAAUAAAAAAAAUAUGAAAGGAAAACCAAUGGAAGGAACACGAACCGAACAAAGAAGGUAUUAUGAGCAAAGUGAAAUAGGAGAACAUAUGGACAAUAAUAAUAUAGAUAUUUCUACAGGGCAACCAUCACGUUAUGAUGUAGAUAGUUUAAAAAAUGGUUUGCAAAAUAGUGAUAUAAAGAGAAGAGAUCAUAGUGGGUCACUCCGAUUCAGUGGCAUGAGAAAUAUGAGCGAUGACAAAAAAAUAAACCAUUUGAUUGAACGAAAAAAAAAAAUAGAAAAAAGUAAUAAAUAUAAGAAAAAAAAUAAUAGUGUAAAAAAUAAUAAGGGGUGUAAUUUUAUUUCACAAACUAGUUAUGAAGCAAAUAGUAACUCUAGUAGCGUAUUGCUCGAUUCAGUAAGUUCGGAUUUUUCUCAUAAUAUAAGUAUUGACCAAUAUAAUGAUUCUAAUAGUAAAAGGAGAUCGGAUAGGAAAAAUGAAAUGAAUUAUUCUAAGCACAAACGCAGUGUUAAUAAUUUGAAGAGGGGCGAAACAAAUAUGAAUGAAAUAAAUAGGAGUAUAAGUAUAUAUGAAAGCUAUGAUAAAAUAAGGGGUGAAGAAUAUAAAAAUGAUAAUAGAGAUAGAAAAGAGAAAGAUAUAUCUUACAAUAGCAUAAAUGAUUAUUCUUACCGAUAUAAAGAAAAUGCGAAGAAUUAUAGCAGGGAUGAUAUUAGUGUAAAUAGUUAUUCAAAAAAUCCAGGUCAAAAUCGAGCCAAAACAAAACAAGAACUAUAUAAUAAAUAUAUGGAUGUACUGAAAAAUUUAAAAAGCGAAGAAAUUGAUGCAUCGGUAGAUACAAAUAAUAAUCGAACCAUCGAUUUGACAAAUGAUUUUACUAAGACACAUGAAAAUUCGACAUCUAUUUUAUCAUCUAUGAAAACUUUACAAAAAGAUAGCAUAUAUAGUAACUUGUCGAAGUUUCGAUUCAACGAAGAAAUGCUCGAUUAUAAUUGCGACCCCUUGGUAGUUAUCAAGCCACUUGAAGAGUCAAAUAUGGAGGAUAAUUAUUAG